CAAGCUCGAAGCUCACCAAGUCCCGACGCCAAGCUAAGCGAAGCCCAGCUCCGCCCACGAUGAACCUGUUCCGCCUGGUGGGCGACAUGGCGCACCUGGCCAGCUUCCUGGUGCUGCUGCUCAAGCUGCUGGCCUCCCGCUCCGCGAACGGCAUCUCCCUCAAGACGCAGGAGCUGUUCUUCCUGGUGUUCGUGACCCGCUACGUGGACCUGUUCUUCCACUUCGUGAGCGUGUACAACACCAUCAUGAAGCUGCUCUUCCUGCUCUUCUCGGGCGCCAUCGUGUACGUCAUCCGCUUCAAGGAGCCCUUCCGCAGCACGUACGACAAGUCGCACGACGCCUUCCUGCACCUCAAGUUUGCCGUGCUGCCCUGCGCGCUGCUGGCGCUCGUGUUCAACGAGCAGUUCGAGGUCUUUGAGAUCCUCUGGACCUUCUCCAUCUACCUCGAGGCCGUGGCCAUCAUCCCGCAGCUCAUCCUGCUGCAGCGCCACGGAGAGGUCGAGAACCUCACGAGCAACUACGUCGUGCUGCUCGGAGCCUACCGCGGCUGCUACGUGCUCAACUGGAUCUACCGCGCGGCCACCGAGACGUCCUACCACUUCAUUUGGCUCAUGUUCAUCGCCGGCAUGGUGCAGACGGCGCUCUACGUCGACUUCUUCUACUACUACGCGAUCAGCAAAUACCACGGCAAGAAGAUGACGCUGCCCUCUUAA